AUGCUGAAAAGCACUAACAGUGUUCCCAAUAUGGAUGUCAAUACUAACCAAUCAGACACUAAAGAAUCAAAAGAUGAAGUCUUGAAGAAACGACGUGAACAAUUGGCAGCAUGGAGGGCAAAGAAGCAGCAAGAAAGCAAGCAGCUAUCAGAAACACCUCCAUCAAAUAUUGCAGAUGGUAGUGGUAACACAUCUGAAGUAGAGAAGAGGUUACGACAACAACGACUUGAACAGUGGAAAAAGUCACGGUCUCAAAAGGAUGCCAGCCCCUCACCACAAACAAAUCAAUCAAGCACCAAAAUAAGGCUCCUGAAGAAACCUCGUCCAUCAAGUCGUAAAAAUCAACCUCAACUCAAGAGAAAAAUUGACGAAUUCGAUUUCGAUGUGGAUGAGAAUCAACAAAAGAAGUUAAAAUUUGUAACUCCGCAAUCAACAUUUGGCAACCCUAACAAUCUUAAUAAUGGACAAGAACAGGGAGUUGAUGAUGAAUUGGAUGCUUUUAUGAAAUCUAUCGACACAAAUGAAACUAAAGUGGAAGCAAACGGAGCUUUAUUUGAAAUACAAACCAAUUCAACCGAUGACGAAAGUGCCGAUGAGGAUAUAGAUAUACAAGCUUUGAUUGACUCGAAAUUGGCAAAGCUAAAUACUACUAAAGAGUUGAAGGAUAUCGAUCACUCGCAAGUAUCUUAUCCUCCGUUUAGAAAGAACUUUUACAAAGUGCCCUUUGAAUUACUGUUAAUGUCUGAGGAUGAAUUGGGUUUGUUACGGUUGGACCUUGAUGAUAUUAGAGUUAGAGGAAAAAAUGUUCCAUCACCAUUUACUAAAUGGUCCCAAUUGCUACUACCUGAGAAUAUAAUAUCAGUAGUGAAUGAUCAACUACAAUUUGACAAACCAUCCCCAGUACAAGCACAAGCUAUACCAAUAAUUCUAUCAGGUAGAGAUUUAAUUGGAGUUGCCAAAACUGGGUCAGGUAAAACAUUAUCGUAUGUUCUUCCAAUGAUGAGACAUAUUCAGGAACAAGCUGCACUGGCCAGUGGAGAUGGACCCGUUGCUGUGAUACUUAGUCCCACUCGAGAGUUAGCUCUACAGAUUGAACAAGAGGUUUUGAACUUUACCAGAAAGGUUGAUAAACGGGUGACAUGUUGUUAUGGAGGGUCUAAGAUUGAAAAUCAGAUAAGUGACUUGAGAAGAGGAGUUGAUGUUGUUGUAGCCACACCAGGUAGAAUGAUUGAUUUGUUAGCUGCCAAUGGUGGUAGGGUAACUUCAAUGAGACGUACGACUUUUGUCGUAUUGGAUGAAGCUGACCGAAUGUUUGAUUUGGGAUUUGAACCCCAAAUAAGAAAGAUUUUAUCACAAGUGCGGCCAGAUCGACAAACUGUAUUGUUUUCGGCAACAUUUCCAAGAAAAUUGGAAAUAUUGGUAAAGCAAAUUUUAUCAGAUCCAGUUGAAGUCAUUGUUGGUGGUGUUGGUGUAGUUGCUAAAGAAAUUAAACAAAACAUUAUGCUUUUAGAUAAAUCCGAUGAUGAAUAUUUCCAAGAGAGGCUUAAAAUGCUUCGUGAUUAUGUGCAAAAACAUAUACAAACACAUCAAGAUAGUAAAAUACUUAUAUUUGUUGAAAAACAAGUUGAUGCAGACAAAUUACUUUUUAGCCUACUUAGUCAUGGCUUGCCUUGUGUAGCCAUUCAUGCGGGCAAAGAACAAAUUGAUCGAAAGUAUGCCAUAAAGGAGUUCUCUGCUGCUGAUAGUGGAGUCAAUAUCCUAAUUGCAACGUCUAUUGCUGCUCGAGGUCUUGAUGUCAAAAAUUUAGGUUUAGUGGUAAACUUUGAUCCACCUAGCCAUCUUGAAGAUUAUGUUCAUCGAGUGGGUCGUACAGGAAGAGCAGGUGCUGAUGGAAUUGCAAUAACAUUUGUCUCAAGGAAUCAAGAGAAGGAGAUAAACGUGUUGGUUAAGGCAUUGAAAUUGAGCUCGAAUGAAGUUACUCCCGAGUUGCAAAUAAUUGCUGAUUCAUUUAAUCAAAAAGUGAAAGCCGGAGGCGCCAAAGUAGGUUUUGGAUUUGGUGGUAAAGGGUUGGAUAAUUUGCAGGAAGUACGUGAAAAUAAAUUAAAGAUGGAAAAAAAGAUGUAUGGUGAAGAAGCAGAAGAUAAGGAGAAGGAGAAUGGAGUAUCAACCAAUAGUAAAGAAGGUUCACCGUCUAUAAUGACGCUCCCAUCAUUUGACAUCAUCGAAGGAAACUCUCCCGAAACCGCCGGACCUGACAAAUGUAAAUUUUUUUGUCGAAUUACAAUUAACGACUUGCCACAGAAGGUUAGAUGGGAUAUUGUACAACGUGAACAAUUAUCCAAGAUUAUUGAAGGUAGUAGAACAUCAAUAACUACAAAGGGGCAGUACUAUCCACCAACUCAUAAAUUCAACACUUCCAAAGAUACCGAACCUAAACUUUAUCUUUUGGUUGAAGGGUUGACUAGAAAAUCAAUCGAGGAUGCAAUAUCACUUAUUAAGGAAAGAAUGUUUAAGAGUAUUGAAUCGAUGACAGUUGAGGAUCGUGGUGGUAUUACUGGUAGGUAUACUGUAUAG